GAAAUGGACGUGUUACUCUCGCCCUCUUUGAAAUGUAUACCUCCUUGGAGAAUUUGAUCACUCUUCCACACCGACAUGCCGCGCUCCCGUUCACGCAGUCGCAGUCCAUCGGGAGAACCACGAGCAAAAAGAAUAGCCCGGCAACCAUCAACCACUCAAAGUAGAGUCUUCCAGAGAAAAUGUGUGUUUUGUGAGAAGUCUAAGUACAUCAGAGGGACAAACACAAGAGAGGCGCUUAUCCAGUGUGUUGACCUGAGAGCAGAUAACGCCAUCAGAAAUGCCGCUUUGAGAAAGAAUGAUUCAAAAAUCCUUGCCAUCGCUUCGAGAGAACUUGUCGCAGCAGAAGCCUGCUAUCACAAAACGUGUUACCGCGACUACACCAGGAACGUCUUGUCCAACAUCAGCAAUGUUGGCAAGGAAGAAGAGCAGGAUUAUUCCAAGGCGGAAUCUCGAGCAUAUGAACUUUUGUUUCACUACAUUAGAUCGGAUUUGCUGCAGAAGCCAAGGAUUGUUAGGCUGGCUGAGUUGUACGCUCAAUUCAUUGCAUUCAUGGAUUCAGAAGGAGUUGCCGGAAAACAAGUGAAAGCCUCGACGAGGACGCACUUUAGAAGAAAGCUAGAAGGGGAAUUUGGAGACGUGUUGGACUGUGAAGAUCUUUCAAACAACAACAAAGCUUUUGUCAUACCACGAAGUCUGUCUAGAUUGGACUUAGCCAAGCUUGCUAUCGAGAAGUCCGACUCUGACUACAACCCCUCCAGUAAGGACGAAAUUUCAAAAACAGCAGUACGACUAAGGGACGCUAUCCAGGGGCAAGAUAUCCCUACGUCGUGGCCACCAAACCCAUGGGAGCUAUCAGAAGAGGCAGUUACAAUUCCAGAUGAUGUAAAGGAGUUCCUGUACGUCCUUCUCACGGGCAAAACAGACUUUCCUGGUUUACAGGCUUGUCCGGAAAAGGUUCAGCGUCUUCUAACAUCAUUUGGACAAGAUUGGACAUUUGCCGUCAGUGGUGGACGACUGCGACCCCCUAAGCAUGUUUUACUUCCGUACGCCGUCAAAACUCUCACCAACAACGUUCAGCUGAUUCAAAUCUUAAACCGCUUUGGUCACGGUAUUGCGUACUCUCAACUUGAAGAAAUCAAUACCGCUCUGUGUCUCCAAAAGCUGGCCACAAGUUCAUGCAGCGAAGUUCCUCUGCCUGAAAACAUCCACCCAUUUACCUGCACUACUUUGGCCUGGGAUAACAUUGAUAGACUAGAGGAAACCUUGUCCGGAGGAGGAACCUCACAUAGAGUCAAUGGUAUUGCUGUGCAAGCAAGUCAUUUUGGUCCCCACCUUCCUCCACCUUCAGCGUCGCCUGUAUCGAAGUCAAAGAGGCGGAGCAUAGAGUCGGUGGGAGAUGCCAUGCUACCUAUCUACAAUGCAGGUGAGCGCUGUGGCCCUCGGCCUAGAGGUUAUGUAGAGGUCAUGUCAUGGCAAGACGAAGCAUGGAAGAAAGACUUACUGUGGAUCUUGGUGCGACUGCAUGCAGAAGAAACGCAGACCAUUCCCAGUUGGACAGGAUUCAACAUUUUGGUGCGAAAUGACGAAGAAGUUGUGAAGGACAGAGUGGGCUACCUUCCAACGAUAAAUGCUCCAGCGACGGACAUGUCUACAGUGUACCAAAUCUUGACAAAGUCCCUACAGAUCCAAAGAUCCUUGAAUCUCCGAAGUAUAGCAGUCGUGUUCGAUCAAGCACUGUAUGCAAAAGCUGCAGAGAUAAAGUGGAAACACGGAGUCCAGUUUCACGACCUGGUGUUGAGAAUGGGAAUGUUCCACACAAUUGGCACAUUCUUGUCUGUGAUUGGGAAGCGUUUUGAAGACGCCGGCUUACGGGAUGUAUGCAUAGAGUCUGGAGUCAUUGCUGAAGGAUCAGUAUCUGGUGUACUGACAGGUCACAAGUAUAACCGAGCUAUCCGUUUCCACAAGCUGAUGUUCGAGGCACUAAACAGGAUAGCAUGGAUGGGCUUCCAGUCUUGGGCUGAAGAACAUGAAGGGAUAAAGCCUCCUGUUGGAGAGUUUUUCAAAGAAGUCAAAUCUCUGUGUCAGAGUCCUUGUGAAGAAGAAUUCAAACGCAUCAUGACAAGUACCACAUUUGACGAGGUGUCUCAGCUAUUCAACUUGUACUUGCACCAUCUGAGACAUGCUAACGGGAAGCUUUCCACCUUCUGGACAUCGUAUGUUGACAUGGUGCAGCUACUUCUGGGGCUGAAAAGAGGAAGUCGGGAAGGAGACUGGAACCUUCACCUAUCGUCUGUCAAGGAAAUUAUUCCUUGGCUCUUCGCCUAUGACAAGCUUCACUAUGCCAGGUACCUUUCUGUAUACCUCUCGGACAUGUGCCACCUACCCGAAGAGCACCCAGACACGUUCGAGUAUCUCAGAUCUGGAGGAUUUUCUGUCCAGAUAGGACAAGACAACCCUUUCGGGAGGAUACCAGUUGAUCAAACCUGUGAAGAAACCAUCAACAAAGACACGCAAACACCCGGAGGAACUAAGGGUUUUAGCCUCAAGCCCAAUGCCGUCAGCAAGUACUACCUUGUAGCAGAAUAUCGGAGCACAUUCCUAAGACACCUCAAGGCUAUGUUACAUAUCGGAGGCUCCACUAAGCACAAUGACCUGCAACAUACGAGGAUCGCCAAGGAUGAAGCCGAUGUGAAAUCUCUGGUGUCAAUUCUACAGGACACUUGGUUGAACCCUUUUGAUCCUGACCUACAGGAUCUUGUUUGCCUCUCUACUGGAAAGGUUGCCACUCCCGAUGUAGAACAUGACUUGCUGCGAGCAAAAGAUGUAGGCGAGGAAGCGUACCGUGCAUUCCGAGAGCAGCGACUGGAAUCUGAUCCUCCACAAGUGAACUUCCAUGAUACAAUGACCAAGGCUAAGCUGAAAACCUUUACCGACUUGAACAAGAAGGUAACAGUCAAAGCUGGGAAGAACCAAGAAGUGAUUCUCAAAGCCGAUAGAAGAUUGUUUGCUCAGAUGAUUGUCAUCGCAGAGAGCAGAAAUCUCAAGAUGAGAGAAGUCCUAUCCCAUCCACUUGGACCACUCCCGUGGUCAUUGGCUACACCUGAUGGUAUGCUGCGCAAAACAAACAAAUCUUCCCUGGCUAAAGAGCUCUUGAAAAAUGCACAACCAGUGGAUGCAAUCCCCAAGCCUUCAGCGUGUGUAAUUGAUGGCAUGGCUCUGGUCCAACGCCUUAAGGGUGACCACAUGUCAUUUGCAGCAAUAGCUGAAAACCUGUUUCAGAGAGUAUUGAAUGAGGGCAGUACAAGUCAAAGAGUCGACGUCGUUUUCGAUGACUACAGAGAGACAUCAAUCAAGAACGCCGAACGAGAGUGCAGAGGCGGAGAUGGAGGUGAAUUUCGAAAUAUACGCCCAGACCACCAGGUAAAGCAAUGGAGGAAGUUCCUGAGAAAUUCCAACAACAAACGGGCCCUGAUAGCAUUUGUUACGAGCGAAUGGAGGAGUACCAACUAUACAAAGAAGCUAUCAGGGAAGACACUGUUCGUAACGUGUGAAGACACAUGCUAUCAGCUAUCCCCCGGAAAAGUGAAAGUGGUAAACGAGCUUGGGUCGACACAAGAGGAAGCCGACACCGUCUGCUGCUCCAUUCACUACAUGCCGCAAAGUCUGGUUCCAAGGCAGUCAUUGUCACAGCGGACGACACUGACGUCAUGGUCCUGUGCGUCGCCUUCACAAGAGCCAUUCCAUGCAAGAUGUACAUGAAGUGUGGAACUAAGAACCGUACACACUAUGUCGACGUGGGAAGGCUGGCACAUACACUGGGAGAAGGAGCAUGCAAAGCAUUGCCCGGACUUCAUGCAUU